AUGGCGUUGAAGAACGAGAAGAAGAUGACAAAGAGUUACUUCGAUGUUCUUGGAAUCUGCUGUACAUCGGAGGUUCCGCUGAUUGAGAAUAUCCUCAAAUCUCUAGACGGUGUCAAGGAAUAUUCCGUCAUCGUCCCGUCAAGGACCGUCAUCGUCGUCCAUGACAGCCUCAUCGUUUCCCAGUUCCACAUUGUUAAGGCACUGAAUCAAGCGAGGUUAGAAGCAAAUGUGAGGGUAACCGGAGAAACCAAUUUCAAAAACAAAUGGCCAAGUCCAUUCGCGGUGCUUUCCGGCGUGCUUCUCCUCCUUUCCUUCUUCAAAUAUCUUUACUCUCCUUUCCGUUGGCUCGCCGUUGCUGCCGUUGUCGCCGGAAUCUAUCCCAUACUGGCCAAAUCUGUCGCAGCUAUUGCAAGGUGUGCCAUCGACAUCAACAUUCUUGUUGUAAUAACCGUGGGAACAACACUCGCUAUGCAAGACUACACAGAAGCAGCAGCAGUUGUCUUCUUAUUCACAAUCGCUGAAUGGCUCCAAACAAGAGCUAGCUAUAAGGCAACCGCGGUGAUGCAGUCGCUGAUGAGCUUAGCUCCACAAAAGGCAGUGAUUGCAGAGACUGGAGAAGAAGUUGCAGUGGACGACCUCAAGAUCAACACAGUUAUAGCUGUCAAAGCUGGUGAAACCAUACCAAUUGAUGGAGUUGUUGUGGAUGGAAACUGUGAAGUUGAUGAGAAAACCUUAACCGGCGAAGCAUUCCCUGUGCCUAAACUGAAAGAUUCAACGGUUUGGGCUGGAACCAUCAAUCUAAAUGGUUACAUAACUGUGAAAACCACUGCUCUAGCUGAGGAUUGCGUGGUUGCAAAGAUGGCAAAGCUCGUAGAAGAAGCUCAAAACAGCAAAACCAAAACUCAGAGGUUUAUAGACGAAUGUUCUAAGUACUACACUCCAGCGAUCAUCCUAAUAUCACUCUGUUUUGCGGUGAUCCCACUAAUAUUAAAGGUUCACAACCCGAGACAUUGGCUUCACUUAGCACUCGUUGUGUUAGUAAGUGCUUGUCCUUGUGGACUUAUCCUCUCUACACCAGUAGCCUCUUUCUGUGCCCUCACUAAAGCAGCCACAUCUGGACUUCUGAUCAAAGGAGCUGAUUGUCUUGAGACCUUAGCCAAGAUUAAGACCGUUGCUUUCGACAAAACAGGAACCAUCACUAGAGGCGAGUUCGUCGUCAUGGACUUCAAGUCACUUUCCAGAGACAUAAGUCUUCACACCUUGCUUUACUGGGUAUCAAGCGCAGAGAGCAAGUCAAGCCAUCCAAUGGCAGCUGCACUUGUGGACUAUGCAAAGUCUGUCUCUGUUGAGCCUAAGCCUGAAGCGGUUGAGGACUACCAGAACUUCCCCGGAGAAGGAAUCUACGGGAAAGUUGAUGGCAAAGAUGUCUAUAUUGGUAACAAAAGGAUUGCUUCCAGAGCUGGUUGUUCAUCAGCUCCAGAUAUUGAUGUUGAUACAAAAGGAGGAAAGACUGUUGGAUAUGUCUAUGUUGGAGAGACACUAGCUGGAGUUUUCAAUCUCUCAGAUGCUUGUAGAUCCGGUGUAGCUCAAGCGAUGAAAGAGCUGAAAUCUAUGGGGAUCAAGACUGCGAUGCUUACCGGAGAUAAUCAAGCUGCAGCAAUGCAUGCUCAAGAACAGCUAGGGAAUGCUAUAGAUGUUGUGCAUGCGGAACUUCUUCCAGAAGGCAAAUCAGAAAUCAUCAAAGAGUUCAAGAGAGGAGGAGCAACGGCUAUGGUAGGAGACGGUUUGAAUGAUGCACCAGCUUUGGCUACUGCGGAUAUUGGUAUCUCAAUGGGCAUUUCCGGCUCUGCGCUUGCAACAGAGACCGGUGAUAUAAUUCUGAUGUCCAACGACAUCAGAAGAAUACCACAGGCGAUAAGGCUAGCCAAGAGAUCGAAGAAGAAAGUGGUGGAGAAUGUGGUCAUGUCCAUCACUAUGAAAGCAGCAAUUAUUGCUUUGGCAUUUGCUGGUCACCCGUUGAUUUGGGCAGCUGUGCUUGCAGAUGUUGGAACUUGUCUCCUUGUGAUCCUCAACAGCAUGUUGUUGCUUAGGGAUAAAGAGAAAGCUGGUGACAAAUGCUAUAGAAACUCUGUUUUGAAUGCGGAGAAGCAUGAAGGUGAUGAUGGUGCUGGGGACAUGGAAGCAGGGUUGUUACCAAAGAGCAGUGAUAAGCAUUGCAAGUCAGGAUGUUGUGGAAAGAAGAAAGUAGAGGAAGUGGUGAAACCAGCUAAGACUAGUUCGGACCAUGGUCAUUGCAAGUCAGGCUGUUGUGGCAAGAAGAAUGAAGAGAAAGUGGUGAAACCAGCAAAAGCCAGUUUGGACCAUGGUCACUCUGGUUGUUGCGAGAAGAAACAUAAAGAAACUGUAAGGGUUAUGAGAGAGAAGUGUUGUGCAGAGCCUGCUGAUUUGGGACAAGGCCGUGACUCGGGGUGUUGUGGUGACAAGAUUCACCAAGAAAAGGCGAAACAAAGCUGUCAUAACAAGCAUGUUGUUGACUCGCACGAGAUUGGCCGGGAAAUUGGUGAUGGUGAUUGCAAGUCUGUUUGUUGUGGAACUGACUCAAGUCACUCAACUAUACAAGAAGUCAAUCUUGAUGGAGAUGAGCAAGAGGAGAUGAAAGUCUCUGUCAAAGGUUGUUGCUCGAAGCCUGCUAAUAGUGUAGUAGCUAGCUUGAAAGUGAAGAGCGAUGGGAAUUGUGAGUCAAGCUGCUGUGAAAGUUCUAAGAAAGAUGAAGAAGAGACUUGUUCUGAGGUGAAAACGAAGGAGGCUUGCAAAUCUAACUGUAGCAGUAGAGAGAAGAGCCACAGUCACAGUCACAGUCACCAUCACCAUCACCAUCACCACCAUCCCAAGGCUGCUGGCUUAGUAGGCUUGAAAGAGAUUGUGAUUGAGUAA